AUGGAUCUUGUUGAUAAUCCAUUGAGACAUUCCCAAAAUGAUCCCAAAAUUAUUAUUUCCGAUAGGCUUGAAACGUUUUCUACCAUUACCAUAAGCACUGAUGCGGUAUCCAUCAAUUAUCAACAUAAAGAAACUGUCGAAAAUGACCAAAGUAAAUUAACCAAUAUCAGAAAGGAUCUUUAUCCUUUACAACAUGGUGCGCAUACGCAUGAACCAACAUCUGAAGAUGAUCUAUAUCGAACGCCUUUACAAAGGAAAUUUUAUUAUUUCUUUGAGGAACCUCGAUCAAAAUGGGCGCAACUUUAUUCUAUAUUUUCCGUUAUCUGUGGAGUCAUCUCUUCGAUUCGUAAGAAUUCUACGAGUGACGAGAAUCAUCAAAACAUUGAAGCGGGAGAAUUUGAGUCAUAUACAGAAACUUGGUAUAGAACAUUACCGGACGGUACCAGAGAAAAAAGUCCGUUCCAAUCCGUGAUUCACAGUUUUUAUUUUAGUGUAGCUGCAAUGACAACAACCGGAUAUGGAGACGUGUCACCAAUCACACUUCUUGGACGAUGUAUUGCCACAUUAACUACUAUAUCCGGAAUUUUAGUUGCUGCAUUUAUUUCAUCUAUCAUUGGAAUAAAUUCUGAUACGGAAUGGUCAAAAUAUCUACAACAUGAAACCAAGGUAAAUUUUUAUGAUAUGUGGCGAACAAUCGAUGAAACAAAUGUUAAUGAGUUAAAUAGCACAGAACAAACCGAAACGGUAGAAAUCUUGCAAUUUCAAAAUAACAUUUUAGUGGAUCUCAUAGAAGAAAUUCAAGAAAGGUUUACUGAAAUUGACCCCCCAAUGUAUAAAUUUAAAUACGAGAAUUUACGGGUUGAAUACAAACAAACAAUUGGGAAAUUAUCUCAACUAGAACUGGAGGUGAAAGAAUACGAAUCUUUAGAGGAGAUUAUUGCUGAAGAUUCAAAUAGAGCGCGUAUUGUAGCUAUUGCUGUCGCUUCUGCAGUACGAGAAGCAAGCCAGCAAGACUGGGAGGCAGCUUGCCGUUCCAUACUCGAAAACAAAUCACUUACAGAAUCAGAAAAAAAUUGUAUUGUAGCGCUCUUACAGGACAAACAAUUUUCGAUAUUAUUCGUUUACGCGACGGUACAAUAUAUGGAAUUUUUCGAUAUUCUUAUAACUUCUCUUUAA